UAACGUAGGUUUUCUUUUAAUUGGGUGGUAGCUUUCUGGGAGCGCCCCGCGUCGCUCUCCCCACUGCAACGCCUCCCUCCCCCUCGAUUCCUGAUUCGAUGCAAACAUUGGCGACGCACAAUUGAUGGAUGCAACGGAUCUGAUCAACUGAUGACGAUUGCGACUUGGAUAUCUAGGAGACACUUGCGGUAUAUUUGCCGAGAAAGAUGUACUAGUAGGAAGCUGUAGAAUUUUUGGGGGAUUCUAGGGUUUGUUCCUUUUCCCGUCAGGAGUUCUACACGUGGUGUUUGAGCUGGAGGCUUUGACACUGAUGUAUUUGUGUGGAGAAGUUGGUGGAUGGACAUGCUGACAAUGGCAUCUCAGGGUGGAGGUGGCGGCUGUGAUGGCCAGCAUUCUCAGACUCAGGGCUUGUCCAGGCAAGGGUCACUCUAUAAUAUGACCCUCAAUGAAGUUCAGAAUCACUUAGGAGAGCCCCUACACAGCAUGAACCUUGAUGACCUCCUCAAGACUGUGUUUGCAGCCGAGGCCAACCAGUUACCAGGUGUGGACCUUGAUAUUCCGUUAGACCAGUAUGCCUCCAGCUCUGGUCUCCAUCGUCAGGGAAGCAUUACCAUGCCACAAGAACUGAGCAAAAAGACAGUGGAUGAAGUAUGGAGGGACAUUCAACAGGGGAAAAAGAAAGGUGAAGAGUUACAGAGAUCAGGUCAUGAGAGGCAGACGACGCUUGGUGAGAUGACACUAGAAGACUUUCUCGUGAAGGCUGGGGUGGUUGCAGAGGGUAUUGCAAAAGAUGGGAAUGAUAUGAUUGGGAAUGUGGAUCCUGUAGGAAAUGCUGAUCUGAUAUCUGGCACACAGGAUUUUACACGAGGGACGAGUUGGUUGCGGCAAUUUCAGCAGACGGCUACUAUGGAUCAGCAGAUACAUGGGCAACAAAGCCUGAUGGGGGCUUAUAUGCCAAGUCGUCCACUUCCACAGCCAUUGGGUGCUGGCACUGGGCCUAUGUUUGAGGCUGUUUUCCCUGAGGGCCAAAUAAAUAUAUCAUCACCAACAAUGGGUGCAUUUUCUGAUCCUCAGACACCUGGUAGAAAACGUGGCGGUUCUGAGGACGUGGCAGAAAAAUUAGCUGAGAGGAGACAGAAAAGGAUGAUCAAGAACCGGGAGUCUGCUGCACGGUCAAGAGCUAGAAAGCAGGCAUACACUAAUGAGCUGGAAAACAAGGUUUCUCGCCUAGAAGAAGAGAAUGAGAGGCUGAAGAAGCAGAAGGAGUUGGACAGGGUACUUUUCGCUGUGCCUCUACCUGAACCAAGGUAUCAGCUUCGGAGGACAAGCUCAGCCCCCUUUUAACCAAUUUCAUAUGAGUUUAUUGGUUGGUUAGGGUAUUGUUGUUGGUGUCGUAUGGAAGACAUGGUAGCUCUCUGUUUAGCGUUCUUACUUUAGGGAGUGGGAGACCUGAAUGGAGCUGCUGUUGAACUGUGGCUUCUUUAUGAGGAGGCUCAGUUCCAGUGACUGAGAGCUUUCAUGGUUGUUUUGUAAAUUGCAAGACUUAAUUCUCUCUUUUUCCACCCCUUCAAAUCUAGUAGAUAAAACCAAAUUUCUGUGUGCA